AUGAAAAAUUAUAUAUUAAACACAAAACUUAUUUACUAUGCAUCAAGACUUAAUGAAAAGGAUGCCCACGCCGCAUUUUUAGGUGCACAAUAUAAAAAAUCAGGCAGUCCUAAUAAGUCAUCAAAAAUUGAUCUUCAAUAUGAAAAGGUAACAGAUUCAAUAAAUUUGUAUAUGAAACCUAGGUGUUAUGUUAAUAAUUAUAUUUACGAUAAAAAUGCGAUAUAUGUUGGUGUUCUUGAUACAGAUUGGACGAUAAAAGAAUCGGAUUACGAUUAUAUCAAAAAAAUAUGCGAAAAACACAAUAUUAUACCCAUAUUUAACGGUCCUGGUGAUUUUAGUCAACUAAUUACUGAUAUCUUAGAUGCUAAUACUUUUACUUACACGCAUUCCAAAUUAAAUCAUGCUGAGUUAUAUGACUUAUAUUGCAAAUUUAACAACCAGGUAUUAAAGGAAUUAGGAGAUGUUAAAGAUACUGAUAUUGUAUGGGCACAAGAUUAUAACUUUAUACACACACUUGCGCACUUUAAAAAUACUAUUUUAACAAUUUCUAGAUUUAAUGAAUUAUGGAAAUGUAUACCAUUCUACAAUUUGUUACUGGAUGAUAUUUUAAAAGUUAAAAUAUUAGAUUUCUGCUGUAAAAAUGAAAUAAAAGAUUUUAAAACGUUUGUGUCGUACACCUAUUUUACUGAAAAGCAUGGUAAUCCUGAACUUGUUUCUAUUGAUAAAGGAAUAGACAAAGAUUUUAUUGAUAGAACCUUUCUUAAAGAUAUACAUAUUGAAAAAAAUACAAUUGUAAUCCCUUAUGAUUCUCUACAUCAUUUAAUAUGUAUUGACAAGUAUAUUAAUAAAUAUGAUGUGCCUUUACAAGUAAAUUUAUUAAACAUAAAUAACAAGAAAGUAAGCCAAGAUGUAUUAAAUUACGUAAAUUAUUUACAACUAAAAACUGAAGUAAAAGUAUGUACACCCAAAUCAAACGAGGAUUUCUUAAAAAUUUUAAGUCGGUGUCAUAUAGGAUUUUAUAAGUCUUUAGAAAAUUAUUUUAGUUAUUUUAAUCGUCACGUCGUAGCAAGUAGCGUUUAUGAUUACGAAAGCGUCGCAGAUGAAAUUUAUAAAAAAUUACAUUUCGUUGAACAAAAUAACGAAUGUGUACCUGAUUUAAAAGAUUAUGUAACAGAAUUAUUUAGCAAAAUACAAAGUAGAAGUGAAGUUGAAUAUAAAAACAAAACUGUUGAUUUUUCUAAUAUAAGCAAUUUAAGUACACCGCGCAUCAAAAGACAGAUUAUUUUUGACAAAAACAGUGAUAAGGGACCAUCUGACAGUACAACUAGUCAAUCUAUUAAUACCAUUUUGUAUAAAGAUCUGCCUUUGGAGGAUGUCUGUGCAAUCAUUUUAGAUUAUGAUGGUACACUUGUGCCUGUAUGUGAUGAUCCAAAAGAUGCUAUACUUCCCGACUCCCACAAAGAAAUACUUCUUAAUCUAAAUAAAAAAAUAAAAGUUGUUAUAAGUUCUGGACGAUCGCGCGAAGACAUGGACAGAUUUGUUCCUUCAAAUUUAGAAGUGUUUUCAGAACAUUGCACAUUUGUACGCAUUAAUAACGAAUGGCGCAGACUACUUCCUAAGAUAAACUUUGAUCUUGAGUACCGAAUAGCAAGAUUUUACGAGGAGAGAACACCAGGAAGUUUUAUAGAAAAAAAAAGUAAUGGAUUUGUAUUUCAUUACAGAAGUUGUGAGCCAUCUUUAGGAUUUUCACAGGCACAAAAACUUUAUACUGAUUUAAUUAAGAUUUCCCCACACAUUAAAUUAGGCAAAAAAAUCGUUGAGUACAAAGUUGGAAACAAAAAUGAUAUUUUUAAAUAUUAUCGUAAGAAUUUAAUAAUUUGUGGAGAUGACGUUACUGAUGAAGAUAUGUUUGAUAAUAGCAGAGGAUUGACUAUAAGGGUGGGAUAUUGUGAGAAAACGAAUGCAGAUUAUUACGUAAAUGAUGUUGAUGAAAUGAUACAUUUAUUGCAGCAAUUGGCAACAUCAAAAUAA